CACAUCAGGCGGUCUUGGUGGCAGCGGUGGCGGCGGUGGCGGCGGCGGGGAUAUGUGGUGAAAAUUGCAAUCGAUUAAUCGACCCUUCAUUAGAAUGGUGUGUUUGUUAGCCCCGCGUUUCUGUCGUUUUGUGUAUUUGUGUGUGUGUGUGUGUGUGUGUUUGUGUGUUUUGCGUUGGCCCAAAACAGCAUCCCAUUUUCGCGGCAAAGUUUUGCUAGUUUGUGCGGCAGGAGUGGUUAAACGCAUAGCGUUUUGUAUGUAGCAAGAGAAUUAACAUCAUCACGAGCAAUGACAACAACAAAAAACUACCAUAAUCAUUCGAGAGAAAACGAUUAGGCAAGAAGACCAAUAACAAUAACAAUUUUAUUAGACUCCAAUUCAUACCGCUGCUUGCGUACACACGCAUACAUUCACGUAGCUUCCGUGGGGUGUGUGUGUGUGUGUGUGUGGGCGUGUGGGCUCGCGUGUGUUUAUGUGCGCGCUCGCAUUUGCAGCUGUGUGCGUGGUUAUGCUCACGGCACAAGAGAGACUGGCAAAGAAAGGUAAAGCGAAGAAGCAGUUUCUUCUGCUUUCUCUAUCCGGCCGCUGCUACCGAUUCAAGGAUUCUUGUUGCGCUGGUACACAUUCGCAAAUUUGCCUGUGUAUUUGUACCGAUUUGAGGUGUAUGUGUGUGCAUGGUAUGGCAAACUUAAACUUCCAACAACCGCCCAGAAGCAUACCGAGCAGUGUGUCCUUAAGCGGGAGAGGAGGAGGAGGCGGCGGCGGGGGAGGCAACAGUAGCGUGGUGGGCGGUGCCGCCGGAGCCUUCAGCAAUAGUGCGCUGUCCGGUGCCGGAGGCCAUGUUACCCCAACGUCCGGUAUGUUCCCUUCGGUGGUCGGCGGCAGUGGUGGCCCCUUCGGACAGAACGCUACACCUCCGUCGCAGCAGCAAAGCAAUCAGUCCUCCGCGUCGGUGGCGCCCCUCUCGCCCAGCGCGAACGGUGCCGGCAGUGGCAAUCCCGGACGGCCGGGCGCGGGCUCGGGCGUUAUGGGCGGCGCGAGCGGACCGAACGGCGGUGGCGGUGCAGGCGGCGGUGCGGGGCUCGCUAGCAAUGGGCCCAACAGUAGUCAGCAGCAACUGUCCUCCACCAGCAAUGCGCUAACGGGAGGGGGCCGAAUUAGUACCCUGUUCGGUGGAGCCGGCGGCCAGCAGCGUGGCGGUGGGGGCGGUGGCGGCGCUGGAAGUGGUUCGGUCGCUUUCCCGGACCGGAGGAUACUCUCCAGCGUGGGCGGCACAUCGAUGAAAGGAAUGCCACAGAAAGGAUACUACCACCAGAGAACGGCCUCGGUGUCGUCGGGUUCAUCGAGCUUAGCAACCAUUGGAGUAGGUAGCGCUGCUGCUGCUGGUAGUGUGGCAGUAGGAGGUGUAGCUGGUGGAGGAAUAGUAGGUGGAAGUGGAGGAUCAACGGUAACAGCAACAGCAGCAGCAGUAGGCAAUUCCAACAUGGUUUCGUUCAUGCAGUCGCGAGGAUACGGAUCUCAAAGUGGGAAUAGCAUCAACAACUACCACGGUGUGUUCGACGGCAGUGCGGCGGAAACUGGCACCCCGCCCCUGCUCGAUCUCUCCGAAUUUCCCUCGCUCACGAACGCACGCGGUGGCCAGAACGAUCAAUCCCUGCCGCAGUCGAACGCGCUGCAACCGCCGGGCAGUAAACCGUACGUUGGCAUGGUAAAACAACCGACGUCCGAACAGAUUGCGUUUACGAUGUCGAACGAAGACUUUCCAGCGCUGCCCGGCACGCAGAACGCCGAAGGAAGCCAGAUGGGUGCGGCCAGCCAGGGCCUGCAGGGCGUGCACCAUCAUCACCAUCCGGACCAUCACGGCGGCACGGACAGUUUGGGGGGCAAGGGUGCCGGCGGCAGCGGACAGGUGGGCAGUGCGGCAGGCAUGGGCAUGGACCUGCAGAGUGAUUCCGGCAAUUCCAACGUUAACAUGGACAAAGGAGCAAUGAAGCGAGGCGUACAAACAUCACCCAAUGGAACGGUAACGAACAUCCCUGCCAGUAUGGUGAACAACCAGUUCGGUAUGGUGGGCCUGCUAACGUUCCUCCGGGCGGCGGAAACGGAUCCCAAUCUGGUGACGCUAGCGAUGGGGCAGGAUUUGAUGGCGCUGGGUUUGAAUCUGACCGCGGUGGAAAACCUGUACCCGUGCUUUGGCGGCCCCUUCGCUGAUGCGCCCGCGAGGCCUCAGGAUAUCGAGUACCACGUACCACCAGAGUAUUUGAUCAACAUGUCAAUAAGGGACAAGCUGUCGAAGCUAACGCUGCAGAAGUAUAAGGAUGAUCUAUUAUUUUAUUUAUUUUACACGAACGUGGGUGAUAUGAUGCAAUUAGCAGCGGCUGCCGAACUGCACAGUAGAGAUUGGCGAUAUCAUACGGAGGAGAAGGUGUGGAUAACCCGUGUGCCCGGCAUGACACCGUACGAGAAGAAUGGCACAACCGAGCGUGGCACGUACUACUACUUCGAUGCGCAAACUUGGCGGCGAGUGCCAAAAGAAUUUCAAGUGGAUACAAUGAAGUUAGAUAAAUGUCCAAACAUAAGUGCUUACGUUACGAUGAGUGGACAGCCUGUAUAAUAUUUAUUAAUUUGUAAUUAAACCAGAAAAUCACGGUCAGAAA